CGUACAGAUGCGCCCUCGAAUCUUUGAGGACAGAUUGCCCUACGAGUGCCUGCUUUUGGACACCCACCUGGUGGGCUCAAACUUUAUGGUGAGCACCCCUCGUUCGCCGUUUUUUAUAUAUCUUGAUGGCUGCUCGGUACAUGAACCCGCGGCAGAGAGAUGGGAAUACUUUCGUCGCCUGCCAAGCUAUUUCCCGCCAUUCUGGAGGGCCAAUAACAUUACUUCGUUGAAAAGUUUUAUGGGUAUACCGAACGAUGGCCACCGUCAACUGCUUUACUUCUCACGGUGUAUAUGUGGUAUUCCCUGCAGGGCGCUGAUGACUCCUCACCGUGGCGCAUUUUUGCUCGAACAGGCAAGAAGAGGGUUCACAAGAGAUGGUUCGAACGCGUUCAUUGGUGUCACGGACGGUCCAAAAGUCACAAACACUCUUCAGCCAAUUAGCACUUUUCCGCUGUUAAAGUGCAGUCAACCGAAAUCCCCUCUGCAAUACUUUGUUUGGUUCGUCUCGGAACUCUCUGCCGGUGCUACUCGUGGGAACACAAAGCUAGUUUCAGUGCUAUAUAUAUAGCUCAUUCGUCGCAGCUCAUCUCAGUUCCCGGCGAACCCGCCCCCCUCUUUCUGUCUCUUCAGUUGCCGGUUCUAGCUGUCUGUGCCAAGCGUCGUUCUCAGUCUCCGUUUCCAAAGAAACCACACUCUUCUGGAUUCUGACAUGCUGCGUUUGCCUGUGGGCUGUCAUGUACUGGUUGCCACCGCUGUGACCUAAGGAUGUCAUAUUUCGUACAAAUACGAUACUGGUGUCACGUCUGCAACCACCCGUAAAGGCACCUCGCUUUUUUGAUUCCCCACUAUUCCCUCGCAAGCUGCUGAAAAUGCAAUCUUU